AUGAAGACUGUGUCGAGCAGCAGCAGCAGCAGCAGCAGCAGCAGCAAGAGCAGUAGCCAGAGAGCACUUACUGCAGCAGGAACGGCUGCAGCAGCACCUCCUGCAACGGCAGCUGCGGCAGCAGCAAUUUCAGCGACUGGUCCAGGAGCAACUACAGCAGCGAAUAGACUUGUGUGGCUGAGCUGCCCCUGCAGGCGCCCAGUUUCAUUCUUUGGGGCCCCCAGAGGGGCCCCUGCUGGGGCCCCUAUGCAUGCAACUUACGCAGAAGGCAUGCCUUUCCCUUGGAGAUCUGCUGUUCCAGCGCUGCUGCUGCUGCUGGUUCUGCUGCCUGCUUGGUGUCUUCCCUUUGCUUCGGCCUUAACAGCCAGAGGCGAGCCCAAGGGCCACCCCCUUGCUGCAUCUUUCAAUCUGCAGCAAGCGCUGCUGAGCAGCAGCAGCAGCAACAGCAAACGAUCAGCAGCGACAGCAGCAGCAGCAAUACCGUCGCCGUCAGCAACUGCUGCAGCAACCUCCGUGGCAGCAGCAUCACGAACAGCCCUCGAAGCAGACGAAGGAGCAACGGCAGUACCAGUCUCAGCCGCAGCAGCACCACCAGCAACAGCAGCCCCAGCACUAGCAGCAGCAGCACCACCACCAGCAGCAGCCUCAGCACUAGCAGCAACAACAGCACCAGCAGCAACUGUCGCACCAGCAGCAGCCACAGCAGCACCAGCAGCAGCAACAGGUGGCGUGCGUCUAGGCAUAUUGCUGCUUGCAGGGGGAUUAGGACGGCGUUGUGGGGGCCCCCAGCCCAAACAAUUUAGGCUGCUGCUUCAGGGGGCUGAUGCAGCUUCGAUCUCUGCUGCUAAACUCUUGUCUUUCGUCAGCAGCAUCAGCAACAGCAGCAGCAACAACAGCAAUUGCGGCAACUGCAGCAGCAAAUUGAGGGCGACAGGGGGCCCCCACGUGAUGGUUAUCCUCGUGCAUCAAAGUUAUAGACACAGACUCCAGCCUUUGUUUAAACGAUUUCGGCAGCAGCAGCAGCAGCAGCAACAGCAGCAACAGCAGCAACAGGAGCAGCAGCAAAAGCAGCAGCCAUGUGAAUUCAUCUUCGCACAGCCAGGAGAGGAGCGCUUUGAGUCGGUGUGGCUUGGACUCGAAGCGUUGUGUAUGCACCUACUCAAGCAACAGCAGCAGCAACAGCAGCAGCCGGAGCACCAACAGCAGCAGCAGCAGAUCGGCGGUGGUGCCCACACACCGGCAGCCCGUAGACAGCGAGCACUUUACCUUCUGAAUGCUCUUACACAGCAACAGCAGCAGCAGCAGCAGCAACACCAGCAGCAUGACCAGAAGCACUCGAAGCAGAAGCAAGAACAACAGCAGCAACAUCAUCAAGCGCAGCAACGGCAGCAACAGCAAAGCAAUGUGUAUGUGCUAGUACAUGACGCUGCUCGCCCGUGCAUAUCAGUGGCAGCAACAGCUGCAGCUGUUGCUGCCGCUGCAGCAUGGGGUGCUGCUGUACUCUGCGGAGCAGCAGCAGACACAAUCAAGCUGGGGAAUCCCCACUCUGGGGUGUACGUACACCUCCAGCGCAACGAAACUCUUGUGGCACAGACUCCGCAGGUCGUGAGGCUGGACUUGCUGCUGCAUGCAUUCGCCGAGUUCUUCGCGCUGCAGCACGAGCAGCAGCAGCUACAGCAACAGCUUCAACGGCUGCAGCAAAAGCAGCAACAGCCGCAGCACCUGCAGCAGCAAGAGCAACCGUUGACGAAGCAGCAGCAAGACUGCCCACAGUAUCAGCAGCAGCUGGUGCUGCUGCAGCGCCGAAUUCAGAGUAUAGAAUACACCCUGCAGGGUAUUACGGAUGACGUAUCUUUGCUCCAGCUGCUUCCCUCACCAGCACCAACAACAGCAGCACAAAGGGAGGCAGCAGCAGCAACACCUGCAGCAGCUGCUGCACAAGCAGGGCAUCAAACCCAUCCCGCAGCAGCAGCACCACCACCAAAUGGUAUACGUACUGCUGUGGUGCUGCAAACAACGGGAGACAACUUGAAGAUAACCAAGCCGCAUGACCUUGUUACUGCUGCGACUUUGCUGCAGCAAGAAGCAGAAACCCCCCAGGCUGCUGCCUGGUUGGAACUGUUGGGGCUGAGCAGCCCUAACAGCAACGGCAGCAACAGCAGCAAUAGCAGCAGUAGCGCUUGA